UUUUCGUAAAUCAAAUUAGUUUCGUAUAUAAUCGUAUAUUACUUUCUAGUUUAAACAUCAUACAUGUGAGUAGCCGGGUUAAAUAAAAAUAUUAGUUUAAUUUUUUCGGAUAAUUCUUUUUGCAAAGUAAAUUUGUACAUUUCACAAAAUGAAUCAAUUAAUUGGAAUUUUAGAAAAAACAAUAUCACCAGAUAAAAAUGAGUUGAAUGCUGCUAAAAUAUUCUUGGAACAUGCAGCAGAAACAAAUCUUGCAGAAUUUCUUAAGGCUUUGUCCGACAUAUUGUCAACACCAGGGAAUUCUGCAGUGGCGCGAAUGGCAGCCGGUCUGCAGUUGAAAAAUCAUUUGACAAGCAAAGAAAUUUCCUUAAAUGAACAAUACCAACAGCGAUGGCACCUUUUUCCAGCUGAAACAAAAGAGUAUAUAAAGAAAAAUAUAUUAGGUUCUCUCGGAACGGAAAAUGCUCGUCCUUCUUCCGCUGCUCAAUGCGUUGCAUAUGUUGCAAUCGCAGAAUUACCAAUUGGAAAUUGGAAUCAGUUAAUAUCGACUUUAGUUAAUAAAGUUGUAUCGGAAGUAUCUAGCGAAAUGGAAAGGGAGGCAUCUCUCGAAGCAAUAGGUUAUAUUUGUCAAGAUAUCAACGCGGGAGUCUUAGAAAGUCAAUCAAAUCAAAUACUUACAGCUAUAAUUCACGGUAUGAGAAAACAGGAACCAAGUAACCAUGUUCGUUUGGCUGCAACUACAGCUCUCUUAAAUUCACUUGAAUUUACAAAAGCAAAUUUUGGCAAGGAAAUAGAAAGAAACUACAUUAUGGAAGUUGUGUGUGAAGCAACCCAAUCAACAGAUACUCAGAUUUGUGUAGCGGCCUUACAGUGCUUGGUUAAAAUUUUAUCCCUUUAUUAUCAGUAUAUGGAACCAUACAUGGCUCAAGCCCUAUUCCCAAUUACACUGGAGGCUAUGAAGUCAGAUAAUGAUCAAAUAGCUCUACAAGGAAUUGAGUUUUGGUCUAAUGUCAGCGACGAAGAAGUUGAUUUGCAAAUUUUGGCACAGGAAGCAGCAGAUGCAGGAAGAACUCCCGCAAGAGUUUCAAAGCAUUAUGCUAGAGGAGCGCUCCAAUUUUUAAUACCAGUUUUGAUGGAGAAACUUACAAAACAAGACGAUCUGGAGGAUGAUGAUAAUUGGAACCCUGCAAAGGCUGCCAGUGUUUGUUUAAUGCUCUUAGCGACAUGCUGUGAAGAUGAUAUUGCGCCACAUGUAUUUCCAUUUAUUGAAGAAAAUAUAAAAUCGCCUGACUGGAGAUAUCGUGAUGCUGCUGUAAUGGUAUUUGGUUCUGUUUUAGGUGGUUUGGAGACACAAACAUUGAAACCUUUAGUUGAACAAGCCAUGCCGACAUUAAUUCAAUUAAUGCACGAUCACAAUGUCACGGUGCGCGAUACAACAGCAUGGACUUUUGGAAGAAUUUGCGAUAUAAUUCCCGAAGCUGCCAUCAAUCCAACUUAUCUUGGUCCGUUACUAGAAAGUUUCUUAAAAGGUUUAAAAGCGGAACCACGUGUAGCAGCAAAUGUCUGCUGGGCGUUUAUAGGAUUAUCUGAAGCUGCUUACGAAGCAGCUGAAAGCAUGGACGAAAAAACACCAGAAACUUAUUGCUUAUCACCCUAUUUUGAAUUUAUAAUUACACAGUUACUAGAAGCGACUGAUAGACCUGAUGGUGGUCAGGCCAAUUUAAGAGCAGCUGCUUAUGAAGCCUUGAUGGAUAUGAUUAAAAAUUCUCCGAACGAUUGUUAUGUCGUUGUUCAAAAAACAACGAUGGUUAUUUUACAACGUUUAAAUCAAGUGCUCCAAAUGGAAAAUCGUAUUACAAACCACAAUGAUCGCCAUCAAUUUAACGACCUGCAAUCUUUAUUGUGUGCUACACUACAAUCUGUUUUGCGUAAAGUUGAUUCACAAGAUGCUCCAAAAAUUUCGGAUGCGAUCAUGACUGCACUAUUAACAAUGUUUAGUUCCAGCUCUGGCAAGGCCGGUGGUGUUCAAGAAGAUGCUCUAAUUGCUGUUUCUACUUUAGUUGAUCUACUUGGAGAACAGUUUUUGAAAUACAUGGAUGCUUUCAAACCAUUUUUAUUUAUGGGACUUAAAAAUCAUCAAGAAUAUCAAGUUUGCUGUGCCGCUGUGGGUUUAACAGGAGAUAUUUGCAGAGGAUUGAAAGCAAAAAUUUUACCGUAUUGCGAUGAAAUAAUGAGUUUGCUAUUGGAAAAUUUAGGUAAUCCUCAAUUGCAUAGAAGUGUUAAACCACAAAUUUUGUCAGCGUUCGGAGAUAUGGCAUUAAGUAUUGGUUCUCAUUUCUUAAAAUAUUUGUCAGUUGUAUUACAAAUGUUAUUGCAUGCAUCACAAGUUCAAGUAGAUCCAAAUGAUUUUGAUAUGGUUGAAUACCUUAAUGAAUUACGUGAAAGUGUUCUUGAGGCCUAUACUGGUAUAAUACAAGGUUUGAAAGGUGUUGAUAUAACGCCACAUCAUGAUGUUUUUAAUAUGGCAGGACAUGUUGGUCACAUUAUAACAUUUAUUAAAAGUAUAUCACAAGAUGGAGAAAUUUCUGAUUCAAUAAUAGCGAUUACAGCUGGAUUAGUAGGAGACAUUUGCUCUGCCUUUGGUCCAAAAUUCUACCCAUUAUUAGAUGAUCCGUUAAUUAACCAAUUGCUUGCUGAAGGUAAACGAUCUAAAGUUACUCGCACAAAAUCGUUAUCUAAUUGGGCUACAAAAGAAAUCAAAAAACUAAAGGAACAGCAACCUGUUUCCUAAACUGUAAAUUUUUUAAAUCUUUAUUUUAUUUAAAAUUUUAGACAAAAAUAAGAAAUACAAAAUUAUGAACAUUCAUAACAUUAUCGUAAAAUAAAAUCUCAAAAAAAAAAGGAAUAAAAAUAAAAAAAGAAAAAAAAUUAUUAAAAGCGAGAAAAACUAA